CAAGGCGCACUGCAAACACAACCAGAGGCGCUGCAGUCAAGUACAUGCCUUCCUUCACUAUCAAAAAGUCGUUUUCAGCACCCAUUCACUUAAAGCUAAACAAGCCCCGGAUUUUUUUGUUUUGUUUUGUUUUGUAAAAGCCAAGCACACCUACAACGAUAAAAAGAACGGCACAGCAACAAGUUUAACUAAGCUGACUUUUUUUUUUUUUUUAAAGAAAAAGUAAUACUCUAACGGGAGUUUUAACAAGACUGGGAAACAAGUCGGGAGUUUCACUGGAGUGAACAUUUACAGAAGUAUCCUGUGCUCGACAACAAAGAGAAACAACGUUUUUGCUUUGUUCCUCUUAACACACACGCGUUUUGUGUUGCUGUUGUUUUGUUUGCUGUAAAAGAGGGGCACGCUCGCCGCUACAUUUUGGUUUUAUCCCGGAUAAAAACAACAGCAAAAAAGCCUAAAAACGUUUUUAAAUGCAAAACUACAAGUACGACAAAACAAUGCCUCCAGAGACCAGAAAAGGUGGAAAUCCGACAUUAAACAACAACAAUAACGGGAAAGACAACAGCAAGAAGGGCAUGCUGGUGUGCCUCGAUCUCUUCUGUUUGAUUCUGGCUGGCCUCCCCUUCCUGAUCAUUGAAACUAGCACUAUCAAGCCAUACCAACGGGGGUUUUACUGCAACGACGAAUCGAUCCGGUACCCGUACAAAAACGGAGACACCAUAAGCGACGGAGUGCUUUCUGCGGCCGGCAUUCUUAUUACCCUCCUUUCUAUAAUCAUUGGGGAAUGUUACCGGAUUUGCUACCUGAAAGAGAGCUCAAGGUCCUUCAUUAACAACCUCUACAUUUCCACCCUCUACAAGCAAGUCGGGGUCUUCAUCUUUGGCUGUGCCAUCAGCCAGUCCUUCACCGACAUUGCCAAAGUGUCGGUCGGCCGCAUGCGCCCUCACUUCCUGGCAGUGUGCAAGCCAGACUUCACCACAAUCAACUGCUCACUGGGCUACAUUGACAACUACAGCUGUUUGGGUGAUGAGAGCAAAAUACAGGAAGCAAGGAAAUCCUUCUUCUCCGGCCACGCCUCGUUCUCCAUGUACACCAUGCUGUAUCUCACAUUCUACCUGCAGUCCCGGUUCACAUGGCGAGGAGCCCGUCUGCUCCGUCCACUGCUCCAGUUCACCCUCAUCAUGAUGGCGUUCUACACCGGUCUGUCCCGCGUCUCCGACCACAAGCACCACCCAACUGACAUAAUGGCAGGGUUUGCACAGGGGGCCCUGGUGGCGUACUGCAUAGUGUUUUAUGUGUCUGACCUCUUCAAGCCUAAAACAAAGACAACGCCUCCACCACCACCACCCAUUAAAAAGGAGAUCCUUCCUUGCACGGACAUGAUUGAGCGCAACAACCACCACAACAUGGUGUGAGAGAGCCUGGGAGGACAAUCAAGGGGCAAGAGCUAACAAUGUGACUGGUGAACAGCAAGUGCCUGCUGCACUCAAACCUUAUCUGACAGUAGAAUGUAGGGAAGAGAAACUUUUAACCCACAAUUCAAGAUGGACUGCAAGGUGUGGAAUUUGGAGCCUAGAGCUUGCAAAUUCACCUGGAAUGGAUCUCAACCAGCAUAUAGAAGGGAAAGCAUAUAUAUAUAUAUAUAUAUAUAUAUAUAUAUAUAUAUAUAUAUAUAUAUAUAUAUAUAUAUGCAUGGACCAGAACUGAGGAUGUGCAUCUGGUCUUUCACUGGGACACAAUACCCUUUGUGGCCACCUUGAUUUUUGGAAAACAAAUUCCUUAGUUGUAGGAAUGGAUUUUAAUCUUCUUCUUUUUUUUUUUACAAUGAUACUAGCACAGAUAUAUUAGCAAUAUAAAAUGACUUAUAGCACUAUAUUCAAACUCCUUGUCGACUCACAUCACUCUCCACUAUUAAGAACCAAGAACAGCUUGUUUAUGUAUAUUGGUUUGACCAUGGCAAGGUUUAUACCAAACCCAGAGAACAUGAAUUGAAAGUUUUUGUUAUUAUUAUUAUUAUUAUUAUUAUUUUUAAAGGGCUAAAUGUAAGUAAACCAAGCUGUUGAUAGCACAGACGUAACCUUGCCCAUAAAACUGCAACAAACAAACUAAGAAUGUAAAAGUUUAUCCUUCAUCGGCUGUUUACCGUAAAGGUAACCACAGAGAGCCACCUAAUGCCAUAUUUAUAGACUCAGAAAUGAAUUGGCAUAUAUAGCUGUCAAAACAAAUCACAAAGGAUUGUCACCUGCUGAUGCUACCUGAUUAAGAGGGUCGGGGAGUUCUAUUUACAAAAAAAAAAAAAAAAAAACACAACAUAGAAUUAAGUGGACUAAAAGAUACUUCUGAAAAUCUAUAUUUUUUGUUUGAGGGUGCUGUGAAGUUAUCAUAAUACAUCCCAUCACAAACAGACCUGUAGAACGGGGGCUGUGCCCUGCUCUUAUUCUUUGUGCUGAGCUGUGACGUGCCAUGCCUGGGGUUGAGCCCUGGGGGUUCGGAGGCACACACCAGCUUCAGGGCGUUUUCUGCUGGCAGGAAAAGUCCAGUGACACUCCUCACACUUGCACAGAAACACGUAUUCUAGGUAUUCACCACACAACCCCACCUGCUGCUUCGACAAGAACCCGCCUUUUGAGAUCCGCUUGUUUUUCAUGACAUCAUGCGAUGACCUGUGACUUUUGCGCAGGUUGACAUGGGCUGCAGGAAAGCGGUGGGCAAUAUCAGGUUGUAAAGACGAAGAAAAAAUACAUGUUUUUAAUACCGUUAGCCAUGUACCCACUUGAACCUGUCCUGUUCAGCUACACCUGCAGAUCUGUGGUGUCUCCUGCACAAAGACAUUAAUAAAUAUGCAAUUCCUUACUUGGAGGCAACAGAAGUUCCAAUAGGGAUAAUGUAAACAGCAAACUGUGAGUUAAAAAAUAUAUAUCUUUCUUGACACAAUAUUAUAUGAAGAACAGCUACAGUAGCCUGCACAGAAUCUGAUAUAAAUGAAACCAAAAGGCAAGCUGUAAAUAUUUUUGCAUUUACAAUUUUUUUUCAUCUGAUUUCUACAGGUUUUAUUGGCGUUUUUAAGUUUUCUUUAUAUACUGGUUCUUUUGUUGCUGGGCAUACAAAUGUUUUGCGAGAGAGUAACAGGUAGCCCCGCAACAUGUAUAAAGAUCUACAAAAACUGGAUUUUCUGUUUUCUGAAAAUGUCUUUCUUUACUUUUAAAUAAUGUUAUUUCAGUGAUUUAACAAUCUGGAAAUGGUUAAAAAUAAAA